ACUAAACUAGUUAUUAUAAAAGUUAACGUGACAUAGAAGUUACAAAAAGGUGGAGAUAAUGCACCACGUCAAGAUCAAGACGGAGAGGCCAGAUCUCGAGACGCCUGGUGCACGCAGCAGAUUGGAUGAUGCGUUAAAGGGACUGUUGGACAAGACUGAAAGGGAAAGGGAACAAAAUGAGGGCGAUACUGAAAAAAUAUCAGCUGACUCCUUAAACAAGGAUUUGUCACCAUCAUCUGCUGGAAAAAGACCGUCGGCUCGAUUGCCACAGCACCGCAGGAAGAAGCGUAAAGAGAUGGAAGAGGCCAUACCAGAGAGCAAUCAACACAAACAAAACGCUUACAUCAUUAAGUUGUUUGAUCGCAGUGUGGAUCUGGCUCAGUUCAACACCAGCACCCCACUGUAUCCUAUUUGCCGUGCCUGGAUGAGAAACAAUCCUUCUGUUCGAGUGCCGCCUGGUUCCCCAAGCCCCCCACACAUUAUGGUGGAGGAAGAGCCUACAGACAUGAUCAAUGGUAAAGGUACUGUGCAUAGACUCCCUCCUCCAACGUCCUGUCCAAUCAGCACCUCUGGUGAACCCAUCAAUCUCAGGAUCCCACAGACAGAAAAACCCACUGUUAACAAGUUGACAGAUUCACUUCCUGUAUCGGGUUCAUUCAUAUGUGACCACAUGGAACGUUGGAAAAAGAUAAGGCAGAAAUGGAAGGAGUGCUCCAACAAGAACCAGUUAAGAUACAGCGAGAGUAUCCGGGUUCUUAAGGAGAUGAAGGAGCUCUAUGAUCGCUAACUGGCUUGUUCUGCGCCUCUCCACCACAACACGGCCUCCACCCAGUUGUAAGGGAGCCAUGGUGUAUAUAGCCGUUAAUCUUUCAACACACCUGCUAUCAGACUCGUAAGAAAGCAUGAACCUGACUUUGAGACUUAAUUAAACCAUUUGUCCUACGCAUUGCAGAAGAAGUAUCCAACAGGAUUUUAAAUUAUUUUUGUUCAAUUUGUUCCAGUGUGAUGUAUUUUUUUAUUAAUACACAUUAUUUGUAGUUAUCUGAAUAAACUUAUCAGUUUUCCAGACACA